CGGCGCCGAGCUGGCCGAGCUCGGCGGCUUCUGGGCUGCUCGGGCGCUGAGGCGGCAACCGGGAGGCAGGGAGUGAGAGGCUCGCCUGGCGCUUGCAACAUGGAGGAGCGGCCGGCCGCGGGCGUCGCCUGCGGACCCGACUGAGCCGGUGCUGAUUCCCCGGGCAGCCGAGACGGCGCCGAGCCCCCAGGGCCGGGCAGCCUGCACGCUUCGGGGCGGACCCCGGCUGGCGGGGCUCCGGCGGCCGCGGGCUUCUGCACCGGGACGUGUCCCGCCGAGCCAUGGGCAACGAGGCGAGCUUGGAAGGGGAAGGGCUCCCCGAAGGGCUGGCGGCGGCCGCAGGCGGGGCUGGCGGCUCGGGGAGCGCCCUGCACCCCGGGAUCCCAGCCGGCAUGGAGGCGGACCUGAGCCAGCUGAGCGAGGAGGAGAGGAGACAGAUCGCUGCUGUCAUGUCAAGGGCGCAGGGGCUGCCCAAGGGAAGCGUCCCCGCGGCCGCUGCGGAGUCGCCUUCCAUGCACAGGCACGCACAGCAUGAUGGAGAUGUCCAGGCAUAUAUAUACCGCUUCCCGUGCACGAAACAAGAGUUGGAUAGUAGUCAGCCUCCCAAGCAACCAGGAAAGCCACCGGACCCUGGGCGUCCCACUCAGCCUGGACUCAGUAAAAGUAGAACUACAGAUACGUUCAGGUCGGAGCAGAAAUUGCCUGGAAGGAGUCCGUCCACUAUUAGCUUGAAAGAAUCCAAAUCUAGAACUGAUUUUAAGGAAGAAUACAAGUCUAGUAUGAUGCCUGGUUUCCUCUCAGAUGUUAACCCUCUAAGUGCUGUCUCCUCUGUGGUAAAUAAAUUCAACCCUUUUGAUUUGAUAUCAGACUCUGAAGCAUCCCAGGACGAAACUUCACGGAAACAAAAAGUUGCUCAGAAGGACCAAGGAAAAUCAGAAGGAGUCACAAAACCUCCUUUACAGCAGCCGUCACCCAAAUUGGUUCCUAAACAGCAGGGGUCAGCGAAGGAAGUGAUACAGCAGGACAGCUCUCCCAAGUCAGCAUCCUCCCAACAACCAGAAAAAAUAAAAACACAACCCCCCAGCACAGGAAAGCCUUCCCAGGCAUCUUCCCAGCCUCCACCAACGGACCAGGCAAAGCUGCCUAUUCAAAGAGAUGCAGCUAGGCCUCAGAUUAAACCUUCAGACACAGGAAAGCCUUCCCAGCAGAGUCCAGCCAAAACACCAGCUCAGCAAGCAAGUCCUGGGAAAUCUGGAGCCCAACAGCCUGGACCUGCAAAAGCAACAGUCCAGCAGCCAGGGCCAGCAAAGUCCCCAGCUCAACCAGCAGGGACAGGGAAGCCCCCAGCCCAACCUCCAGUGACAUCUAAGCCUCCAGUGCAGCAGGCUGGAGUGGAGAAGACUUCAUCUCAGCAGCCUGGGCCAAAGUCUCUCACUCAGACUCCUGGUCUUGGAAAGAUUCCAGCAGGGCCAGUAAAGUCUGCAGCCCAGCAGCAAGGGACAGCAAAACUCCCAGCUCAACAGCCUGGCCCACAGCCUCCAGCUAAGGUACCUGGACCUACAAAGCCUCCAGCUCAGCAAUCUGGACCUGGAAAGAUACCAGCUCAACAGCCAGGCCCAGCAAAGCCUUCACCUCAGCAGCCCACUCCAGCAAAGCCUCAGCCUCAGCAACCAGCUCCCACAAAGCCUCCACAUCAACAACCUACCCCAGCAAAGCCCCACCCUCAACAGCCCACUUCAGCAAAGCCCCAACCUCAGCAGUCCACUCCAGCAAAACCCCAGCCUCAACAGCCCAGUCAAGCAAAGCCCCAGCCUCAACAGCCUGCUCCAGCGAAACCCCCAGCUCAACAGCCUAUGAAAGUGACAAGCCAAACAGUAACUGGAAGACCUGUGCAGCCACCACCAACUUCUGCAGCAGAGAGUCCAGGACAAGGUCUCUCUAAAACCAUCUGUCCCCUUUGCAACACCACUGAACUUCUGUUGCAUAUUCCAGACAAGGCCAAUUUUAACACAUGCACUGAGUGUCAAACCACCGUCUGUAGCCUCUGUGGUUUUAACCCCAACCCCCACUUGACUGAGAUCACAGAGUGGCUCUGUUUAAACUGUCAGAUGCGGAGAGCUCUAGGAGGUGACCUGGUUCCAAUGCCAUCCUCACCGCAGCCCAGUCCGAAGGCUGCCUCUGGACCUCCUGCAGCAGCCGCCAGCAGACAACCUGGACCAUCACAGCCGGCUUCCCCGAAGAAGGACCCUCCACCCAGACAGGACAGCCCCAAAGCGCCUGGACCAUCACAGCCGGCUUCCCCGAAGAAGGACCCUCCACCCAGACAGGACAGCCCCAAAGCGCCUGAGCAGAAGAAACCGCCGCCCCUGGUGAAGCAGCCAACCCUUCAUGGACCUGCCCCAGCCCCAGCCCCAAAGCCUCCAGUGGCAGAGGCCUUACCUGAGCCAGCCCCUCCCAAGGAGCCUUUCACACCCCUCCCUGAACAAGCCAAGGCCCCUGUUGCAGAUGUUAAACCAAAGCAGCCCAAGAUGGCCGAGCCACGCACAGAUGUACCAUCUUCAGCAGCAGCAACAACAAAGCCUGAUAUUCUGAGCUCUCGGGCGCAGCCACAGGCUCAAGCGCAAACAGCCCCUCCUUUGAAAACAGACUCUGCCAAACCCUCCCAAAGUUUCCCACCUACAGGAGAAAAAAUCACCCCACUGGAUUCUAAAGCCAUGCCUAGGCCUGCAUCAGACACAAAAAUUAUUUCACAUCCUGGGCCCAGUUCCGAGAGCAAGGAUCCAAAACAUGUUGAUCCAACUCAAAAGAAGGAAGAGCCUAAGAAAGCACAAACGAAGAUGAGUCCUAAACCAGAUGCCAAGCCAGUGCCAAAAGGGUCACCAACACCCUCUGGCCCACGACCUCCCACUGGCCAAGCUGCACCCCCAUCUCAGCAGCCCCUAAAGCCUCAGGAGCAAUCAAGGCGUUUCAGUUUGAAUCUGGGUAGUAUCACCGAUACCCCCAAAUCACAACCCACGACUCCUCAAGAAACUGUGACUGGGAAACUGUUUGGGUUUGGAGCAUCCAUCUUUAGCCAAGCAUCCAACUUAAUCUCCACAGCAGGCCAGCCCGGACCUCAUCCACAGACUGGGCCAGUGGCCCCCACAAAACAAGCCCCUACCCCAUCACAGACUUCUGCUGCUCAGGGACCACCCAAGUCCACAGGUCAGCUCCCACCAGCACCUGCCAAGGCAACGCCUGUGAAGGAAACAAAAGCCCCAGCAGCUGAGAGCGUAGAAUCGAAACCCGAGCAAGCUCCAGCAGUGAAGAGGCUGGAGAAAGACAAGAAGGCCCCACCCGGUAAGGUCAGCAAACCUCCACCUGCUGAGCCUGAAAAGGCUGUGCUCCCCCACAAGCCGGACAAGACCAAACCCCAGCCAACCUGUCCUCUUUGCAAAACGGAGCUCAACAUCGGCUCCCAGGAUCCUCCCAACUUCAACACCUGCACGGAGUGCAAGAGUCAAGUGUGCAGUCUCUGCGGAUUUAACCCCACACCCCACUUGACUGAGAUUCAAGAAUGGCUUUGCCUAAAUUGCCAGACGCAGAGAGCAAUAUCAGGACAACUGGGAGAUAUGGGCAAAAUGCCGCCUGUAUCAUCAGGAUCCAAGGCAUCCCCUGUGCCUGCCCCUGUGGAACCAUCAACUCAGAAAACACCCGCAGGGGCCCAUGUAAAAGGUAAAAAGAAGGAAACAGAAGUAAAGACUGAAACUGAAAAACUUAUUCCAGAAAAAGAAACACCAUCAAUUGAGAAAACCCCUCCAACGGCCACCACAGAUCAAAAACUAGAAGAGAGUAAACUAGACAAGAGCAAAGUUUCAACCCGGCAAGAGAAGAAACCACCCUCUGAAAAAGAGCAGCCGCUCUCCGAAGAUAAAACCGGAAAGAAGCCACCUGCAGAAGAAAAGUCAGCACCUGCCGGAGAAAAACCACCGCUCGAAGGAAAGAAGCCAGCCCCCGAAGAAAAGAGAUUACCCCCGGAGGAAAAGCCACUGGCCUCGGAGGGGGAAGAGAAACGCGGCAUACUUGAAGCUCAUGUAGACAUUCCCGAAGAGCCCACCGGAAGAGUGGCCGCAAAGCCAGUGGAGGAAGAGGGGCAGCCGGAGGCCAGGCCUGCAGAUCUGCCACAGGACGCACCUCAGACUCUGCCCAAGGAAGGAGAGAAGGAAGGCGGAGCAGUGAAACCCCCACAGGAGGAAGGCGGUGCCAAGUCUGUCCAAGGGGAGCCCGGCAAAGAAAAAACAGAAAAGGAAGAGGACAAAUCAGACACCUCCAGUUCUCAGCAGCCCAAGAGUCCACAAGGUCUGAGUGACACGGGAUAUUCUUCUGAUGGAAUAUCGGGUUCUCUAGGUGAAAUUCCAAGUCUUAUACCAAGUGAUGAAAAAGAUUUGCUCAAAGGGCUCAAAAAGGACUCCUUCUCACAAGAAAGCAGUCCUUCCAGCCCCUCAGACUUAGCAAAAUUGGAAAGUACAGUACUAUCCAUUUUGGAAGCUCAGGCAAGUACACUGGAUGAAAAAUCAGAAAAGAAAGCCCAGCCCCAGAGGGUUUCUCCCGAGCAGUCUCAGGACCAGCAGAAAACUCAGAUUCCAUCUGAAACACUGGAUGUCACUAUUUCAGAAGAGGUCAAAGAGAGCCAAGACAAGAAAGAAAGUUCAAAAAGGGACAGCCAACAAGGCUUUCCUUCCAGGAAGGACCAUAAAGAAAAGCCUGAGCUAGCUGAUGACCUAAGUCCAAGAAGAGCAUCCUAUGAUUCAGUGGAAGAUAGCAGUGAGAGUGAAAACUCCCCCGUCGCACGUAGGAAGCGGAGAACUAGUGUUGGCUCAUCAAGCAGUGAUGAGUAUAAACAGGAAGACAGUCAAGGUUCGGGGGAAGAGGAGGACUUCAUUCGCAAACAGAUCAUAGAAAUGAGUGCUGAUGAGGAUGCUUCUGGCUCUGAAGAUGAUGAGUUCAUUCGGAGUCAGCUCAAAGAGAUCAGCGGUGUUACUGAAAGCCAGAAGAGGGAAGAAGCAAAAGGGAAAGGGAGAAGCACAGCAGGAAAACACAGGCGACUGACUCGUAAGAGUAGUGCCAGCUUCGAUGAUGACGCAGGGAGACGUCAUUCCUGGCAUGACGAGGAUGACGAAACAUUUGAUGAAAGUCCUGAGCUCAAAUUUCGAGAAACUAAAAGUCAGGAGAGUGAAGAACUUGUAGUUGCUGGAGGAGGAGGGUUGCGUCGAUUUAAGACGAUCGAACUCAACAGUACAAUAGCAGAUAAAUACUCUGCAGAAUCCUCUCAGAAGAAAACAACUUUGUAUUUCGAUGAAGAGCCAGAAUUAGAAAUGGAAAGCCUGACAGACUCACCUGAGGACAGAUCUAGGGGAGAGGGAUCCUCUAGUCUCCAUGCAUCCAGCUUCACUCCUGGCACGUCCCCUACGUCAGUAUCGUCACUUGAUGAGGACAGUGACAGUAGCCCAAGUCACAAAAAAGGAGAGAGCAAGCAGCAGCGCAAAGCUCGGCACAGGACACAUGGCCCUCUUUUACCUACCAUUGAAGAUUCUUCUGAGGAAGAAGAAUUGAGAGAGGAAGAAGAACUGUUAAAAGAGCAAGAGAAGCAGCGAGAAUUAGAGCAGCAACAAAGGAAGAGUUCUAGUAAGAAAUCAAAGAAAGACAAAGAUGAACUUCGAGCUCAGAGAAGGAGAGAAAGACCAAAGACACCACCCAGUAAUCUCUCUCCCAUUGAGGAUGCAUCUCCCACAGAAGAAUUGCGCCAGGCGGCAGAAAUGGAGGAGCUCCAUAGGUCCUCUUGUUCUGAAUACUCACCUAGCAUAGAAUCAGACCCAGAAGGAUUUGAAAUAAGCCCUGAGAAAAUAAUAGAAGUUCAAAAAGUGUAUAAAUUGCCCACAGCUGUGUCUUUGUACUCGCCAACAGAUGAGCAAUCCGCUAUGCAGAAGGAAGGUGUCCAGAAGGGUCUGAAAAGUGCUGAGGAGAUGUAUGAAGAAAUGAUGCACAAAACCCACAAAUAUAAAGCUUUCCCAGCUGCAAAUGAACGAGAUGAAGUCUUUGAAAAAGAGCCAUUGUAUGGUGGCAUGUUAAUAGAGGACUACAUUUAUGAAUCUUUAGUAGAGGACACGUACAAUGGAUCAGUAGAUGGCAGUCUGCUCACAAGGCAAGAAGAACAAAAUGGAUUUAUGCAGCAGAGAGGAAGAGAGCACAAAAUAAGACUCCCUGAGCAGAUUUAUGAUGACCCUAUGCAGAAAAUCACAGACCUCCAAAAAGAGUUUUAUGAGUUAGAAAGCUUACAUUCUGUGGUGCCUCAAGAAGACAUAGUUUCAAGCUCUUACAUCAUUCCAGAAAGCCACGAAAUAGUGGAUCUGGGAACCAUGGUAACUUCUACCAGUGAAGAAAAGAAGUUAUUAGAUGCUGACACUGCCUAUGAAGAACUCAUGAGGCGGCAACAGAUGCAGAUGACAGAUGGAUCCAGUCCCACACAGACCACCAUUGGGGAUGACAUGGCUGAGUCUACUAUGGACUUUGACAGGGUGCAAGAUGCAUCUUUGACAUCCAGUAUCCUUUCUGGAGCAUCCCUGACAGACUCAACCAGCAGUGCAACUCUCUCUAUCCCAGAUGUUAAGAUAACCCAACAUUUUUCAACAGAAGAACUGGAGGAUGAAUAUGUAACUGAUUAUACAAGAGAAAUUCAAGAGAUCAUUGCCCACGAAUCACUGAUAUUGACCUACUCUGAGCCUUCAGAAAGUGCUGCAUCUGUCCCACCCUCUGACACACCUUCACUCACAUCAUCUAUUUCUUCAGUCUGCACCACAGAUAGCUCCUCACCUGUUACUACCCUGGAUAGCCUAACCACUGCUUAUACAGAGCCAGCAGACGUAAUAACGAAAUUUGAAGACUCUGAGGAAAUUUCUUCAUCAACUUAUUUUCGGGGCAGCAUCAUAGACUACCCAGAAGACAUAAGUGUGUCUUUAGAUCGGACCAUCCCACCCGAAAGUAGAGCUAAUGCUGAUCAUAUUAUGAUUUCCUUCUCUAGUAUAGCAUCGUCGGUCACAGAAUCUGUAAGUCCUAAAGCUGACAGGCCACAAGCAGACACCAUGUCCACUGACUUACCUCUGUCUGAAAAGGACCCAAUAAAAGGCAAGAAGGAAACUGGGGAUGGAAUUAUUCUAGAAGUUUUGGAUGCUUACAAAGAUAAAAGGGAAGAGUCUGAGGUUGAACUAACAAAAAUGAGCUUACCUGAAACUGGGUUGGUCCAAACACCUUCUGUAACAGCCCCUCAAAUGAAGGAACAAGCUGUAUCUCCAUAUUCUGUAUCUGGAAAGCUCUCUGGUCAGGAAAAGCCCACAUAUAGGUUACCAUCAGCUGGUCUUCCCGUUUCUACCCAUCCAUCUAAGUCUCGUCCAUUUUUCCGAAGUUCUUCUUUGGACAUAUCAGCCCAGCCACCCCCUCCUCCUCCCCCACCACCCCCUCCCCCUCCCCCACCCCCGCCUCCCCCUCCUCCACCAUUGCCCCCAGCAACUUCACCUAAGCCAACCCCUUAUCCUAAAAAGAAGCUGGCAGCGGCCCCUCCAGUGACUCCAACAACGAUCGGUACCACCCACGUUGAUGCCGUUACCCCAAUAGAGGCCACCACUGCUCGGAGGAGUAAUGGGGUACCUGCAACCAAAAUUUGUACCGCUGCACCUCCUCCUGUCCCUCCUAAACCCUCUUCAAUCCCAACUGGACUUGUGUUUACACACAGGCCAGAGCCAAGCAAACCCCCAAUUGCCCCCAAGCCAGCAGUUCCUCAGCUUCCGGUGACUGCACAGAAAACAUCAGAUGUGUGCCCCAAACCAACAGGUCUAUCUUUGACUUCCAGUAUGUCCUUAAAUUUAGUGACUUCCGCAGAUUACAAACUGCCUUCCCCUACCUCUCCACUCUCCCCACACUCUAAUAAAUCCUCACCAAGAUAUUCUAAGUCUCUAAUGGAGACUUACGUGGUUAUUACAUUGCCCUCUGAACCUGGGACUCCAACAGAUUCUUCUGCUGCUCAAGCCAUUACCAGUUGGCCCUUGGGAUCACCCCCAAAAGAUCUGGUUUCCCUUGAAACAGUGUUUUCUGUAGUUCCUCCUGUGACAGCUACAGAAAUUCCAACUUCUUCACAGCCAACCCUGUAUGUACCAGGAGCUUUGGAGACAUAUUCUGCUGCCCCUGUUGUAACUCCAUCUCUGUUUCAAGGAGCUCCAACUUCACUUACACAGUUUCUUCCAACAGAAGCUUCAAAAACGGAGGUUUCCGCAACCAGAAGUGCAGUCCCAAGUGUGGCUCCCAGAAGCGUUUCCAUACCCAUUCCUCCAGAGCCUCUUGCUCUGGACAGACAUCAGUACAGGGAAAAUGGAAAGUUGCAGCUUAUUGGUGAUGCCAUUGAUUUGCGUACAAUACCAAAAAUAGAAGCUAAAGCAACUGAAAAAUGUAUGGAUCUUUCUGCUUCUGCAGUGGAUGGGAAAAGGCAGACCACAGCAAAUGAAGUUUACGGUCGACAAAUUAGUGCCAUCCAACCUUCUAUCAUAAAUCUCAGUGCAUCUUCCUCAUUAGUAACUCCAGUCACCCUAGACUCUGAGACGGUGGCUGUUGUCACAUGCACAGAUACUACAGUUUACACAACAGGCACAGGAAGCCAAGUGAGUGCAGAGUAUGCAAUGACAUCACCACUCCAGCUUACUAUGUCAAAACAUACUGAGUCAUCAUACAGGAUACCAAGUGGCCAGACAUUUCCUGUGAUCAGAGAUGAAGCGCCAAUAAACUUAUCCCUAGGUCCUUCAGCUCAGGCAGUGGCUGUUACAAAGCCUGUCACUGUACCUCCUGUGGGUGUCACAAAUGGCUGGGCUGACAGCACUGCAUCUCGGGGGAUCACGGAUGGAGAAGUGGUGGAUCUCAGCACAUCCAAGUCUCAUAGGACUGUUGUUACAAUGGACGAAUCUACUUCAAGUGUGGUGACCAAAAUAGUUGAAGACGAUGAAAAGCCUGUUGAUUUGACUGCAGGGAGAAGAGCUGUGUGCUGUGACAUGGUUUAUAAGCUGCCUUUUGGAAGGAGCUGCACAGCACAGCAGCCUGCAACGACCCUUCCUGAAGACCGUUUUGGUUAUAGGGAUGACCACUACCAAUAUGAUAGAUCAGGGCCAUAUGGUUACAGAGGGAUUGGUGGAAUGAAACCUUCCAUGUCUGAUACUAAUUUAGCAGAAGCUGGACAUUUUUUCUAUAAAAGUAAAAAUGCUUUUGAUUAUUCUGGAGGAGCUGAUGCAGCAGUAGAUCUAACUUCAGGGAGAGUAUCUACAGGUGAGGUAAUGGAUUAUUCAAGCAAGACUACAGGUCCCUACCCAGAAACACGGCAAGUCAUUUCAGGAGUUGGGAUUAGUACCCCACAGUAUUCCACAGCAAGAAUGACUCCACCUCCAGGACCCCAAUAUGGUGUGGGAAGUGUUUUGAGGUCAUCUAAUGGUGUUGUCUAUUCUUCAGUAGCAACCCCAAUCCCCUCCACAUUUGCUAUCACCACUCAACCUGGCUCCAUUUUCAGCACCACGGUGAGGGAUUUAUCUGGUAUUCACACGACAGAUGCACUGACUUCAUUAUCAGCCCUGCAUCAAAGCCAGCCAAUGCCUCGAUCAUAUUUCAUAACAACAGGUGCAUCAGAAACAGACAUCGCAGUAACCAGUAUUGACAUCAAUGCCAGUCUGCAAACUAUUACUAUGGAAACUCUUCCGGCUGCGACAAUGGACUCUGCUCCUGCUUUAACCACAGCAUCGGAAGUGUUUUCUGAGGUGGGAGGAGAAGAAAGCACUCUUUUAAUUGUCUCUGAUGAAGAUAAACAACAACAGCAACUUGACUUGGAGCGAGAGCUCCUGGAACUGGAGAAAAUUAAGCAACAACGCUUUGCUGAGGAACUGGAGUGGGAACGUCAGGAGAUUCAGAGGUUCCGAGAACAAGAAAAGAUCAUGGUUCAAAAGAAGCUGGAGGAGCUUCAGUCUAUGAAACAGCACCUCCUAUUUCAGCAAGAAGAAGAGCGGCAGGCCCAGUUCAUGAUGAGGCAGGAGACCCUAGCUCAGCAACAGUUACAGCUUGAGCAGAUCCAACAGCUGCAGCAACAGCUGCACCAGCAGCUGGAGGAGCAAAAACUCCGCCAGAUCUACCAGUAUAACUAUGACCCCUCUGGAAAUGCUUCUCCACAAACCACCACUGAACAGGCAAUUUUGGAGGGUCAAUAUGCUGCUCCAGAGGGCAGUCAGUUUUGGGCCACUGAAGAUGCCACCACUACAGCUUCUACUGUGGUGGCCAUUGAAAUACCACAGAGCCAAGGAUGGUACACUGUUCAGUCUGAUGGGGUGACUCAGUACAUUGCCCCACCUGGCAUCUUGAGCACUGUUUCAGAGAUACCUCUGACAGAUGUUGUUGUAAAAGAGGAGAAACAACCCAAAAAGAGAAGUUCUGGAGCUAAAGUUCGGGGGCAGUAUGAUGAGAUGGGGGAAAGCGUGGCAGACGACCCACGGAAUUUAAAAAAGAUAGUGGACAGUGGUGUACAAACUGAUGAUGAAGAAACCGCUGAUCGGAGUUACUCAAGUAGGAGGAGAAGAACUAAAAAGAGCGUUGAUACCAGUGUCCAAACAGAUGAUGAAGAUCAGGAUGAAUGGGAUGUGCCUUCUAGGUCAAGGAGAAAAGCACGUCCAGGGAAAUAUGGAGACAGCACCACGGAGGGUGACAAGACCAAACCCGCUUCCAAAGUCUCCAGUGUAGCAGUUCAGACAGUCGCAGAGAUAUCUGUGCAAACUGAACCAGUGGGAACCAUACGGACACCUUCCAUACGAGCACGAGUGGAUGCCAAGGUAGAAAUAAUUAAACACAUUUCAGCACCUGAAAAGACUUACAAAGGGGGCAGUUUAGGAUGUCAAACAGAAACAGAUUCAGACACACAGAGCCCUCCAUACCUGGGUGCCACCUCUCCACCCAAAGACAAGAAACGCCCGACUCCUUUAGAGAUUGGUUACUCAUCAUCUCACCUUCGGGCAGACACCACAGUGCAGCUGGCUCCUUCCCCACCCAAAUCUCCAAAAGUCCUUUAUUCACCCAUCUCACCACUUUCACCAGGCAAAGCUUUAGAAUCAGCCUUUGUACCUUAUGAAAAGUCCCUCCCUGAUGACCUAAGUCCACAGAAAGUACUACAUCCAGAUAUGGCUAAAGCUCCCCCAGCAAGUCCUAAAACAGCCAAGAUGAUGCAGCGUUCUAUGUCUGACCCCAAGCCUCUGAGUCCAACAGCAGACGAAAGUUCCAGGGCUCCUUUUCAGUGUCCCGAGGGCUUCACGACUAAAGGUUCCCAAACCACAACCGCCUCUGGGUCCCAGAAAAAAGUGAAGAGAACACUGCCAAAUCCCCCUCCUGAGGAGGCAUCCACCGGAACACAGCCGACCUACAGCACAAUGGGCACUGCAUCCAGGAGAAGAAUGUGCAGAACCAAUACCAUGGCUCGAGCCAAGAUUCUCCAGGACAUAGACCGAGAGCUUGACCUCGUGGAAAGGGAGUCUGCCAAACUUAGAAAGAAGCAAGCAGAACUUGAUGAAGAAGAAAAGGAGAUUGAUGCCAAGCUGCGGUAUCUGGAAAUGGGAAUCAACAGGAGAAAAGAAGCGUUACUGAAGGAGAGAGAAAAGAGAGAGCGUGCUUACCUGCAGGGGGUAGCUGAGGACCGCGAUUACAUGUCUGACAGUGAGGUCAGCAGCACCAGACCAAGCCGAAUAGAAAGUCAGCACGGCAUUGAGCGACCAAGGACAGCUCCCCAAACUGAAUUCAGCCAGUUCAUACCACCACAAACGCAAACUGAAGCUCAGCUGGUUCCUCCAACCAGUCCUUACACACAAUACCAGUACUCAUCGCCUGCUCUUCCCACCCAAGCACCCACCCCGUAUACUCAACAAUCUCAUUUCCAACAGCAGACAUUGUACCAUCAGCAAGUCUCACCUUACCAGACUCAACCAACCUUCCAAGCGGUGGCAACCAUGUCCUUCACACCUCAAGCUCAACCUACUCCGAGUCCACAAACAUCGUAUCAAUUACCAUCACAGAUGAUGGUGAUACAACAGAAGCCUCGGCAAACAACACUGUAUUUGGAACCCAAGAUAACUUCCAACUAUGAAGUGAUUCGCAACCAACCCCUGAUGAUCGCUCCUGUUUCUUCUGAUAAUACGUAUGCUGUCUCCCAUCUCGGGAGCAAGUAUAAUAGUUUGGAUUUGAGAAUAGGUUUGGAGGAAAGAAGCAGCAUGGUGAGCAGUCCAAUAUCAAGCAUAUCUGCAGACUCUUUCUAUGCAGACAUUGACCACCACACUUCAAGGAAUUAUGUCCUAAUAGAUGACAUUGGAGAGAUCACCAAAGGGACAGCAGCACUGAGCACAGCAUUUAGUCUUCAUGAAAAGGAUCUGUCCAAAACAGACCGUCUCCUUAGAACCACUGAGACACGGAGGUCUCAGGAAGUGACAGAUUUCCUAGCACCUUUGCAGACUUCCUCAAGAUUGCAUAGCUACGUGAAAGCGGAGGAGGACCCGAUGGAGGACCCGUAUGAGUUAAAGCUUCUGAAACAGCAGAUUAAGCAGGAAUUUCGUAGAGGGACGGAGAGCCUAGAUCACCUUGCUGGUCUUUCACAUUAUUACCAUGCUGAUACUAGCUAUAGACACUUUCCCAAGUCUGAGAAGUAUAGCAUCAGUAGACUCACCCUUGAAAAGCAAGCAGCCAAACAAUUACCAGCAGCCAUACUUUACCAAAAGCAAUCAAAGCAUAAGAAAUCAUUAAUUGACCCUAAAAUGUCAAAGUUUUCACCUAUUCAAGAAAGUAGAGACCUUGAACCAGAUUAUCCAAGUUAUAUGAGUUCCAGCACUUCAUCUAUUGGUGGCAUUUCUUCUAGGGCAAGGCUUCUUCAAGAUGAUAUAACAUUUGGCCUCAGAAAAAAUAUUACAGAUCAACAAAAAUUUAUGGGCUCAUCACUUGGGUCAGGACUAGGCACAUUAGGAAAUACCAUCAGGUCAGCACUCCAGGAUGAAGCAGAUAAACCAUACAGCAGCGGGAGCAGGUCCAGACCUUCCUCUAGACCUUCAUCUGUCUAUGGGCUUGAUUUAUCCAUUAAGAGGGAAUCUUCCAGCUCAUCGCUAAGACUGAAAGCUCAAGAGGCUGAAGCUCUUGAUGUCUCCUUUGGCCAUUCAUCAUCUUCUUCCAGAACUAAGCCCACCAGCUUACCAAUCAGCCAAAGUAGAGGAAGAAUACCAAUUGUGGCCCAGAAUUCAGAAGAAGAAAGUCCACUCAGUCCUGUUGGCCAACCAAUGGGAAUGGCCAGGGCUGCAGCUGGACCUUUGCCCCCCAUAUCUGCAGACACAAGGGAUCAGUUUGGAUCAAGUCACUCAUUGCCCGAAGUUCAGCAGCACAUGAGAGAAGAGUCACGGACACGGGGGUAUGACCGUGACAUAGCAUUCAUCAUGGAUGACUUCCAACAUGCUAUGUCUGACAGUGAAGCCUAUCACUUACGUCGGGAGGAAACGGAUUGGUUUGAUAAACCCAGGGAGUCUCGGUUGGAAAAUGGCCAUGGUCUGGACCGGAAACUGCCAGAAAGAUUGGUUCACUCUAGACCCCUCAGUCAACAUCAAGAGCAAAUUCUGCAGAUGAAUGGCAAGACAAUGCACUACAUCUUUCCUCAUGCAAGGAUAAAAAUAACCAGAGACUCCAAGGACCACACAGUUUCAGGUAACGGGCUAGGAAUUAGAAUUGUUGGUGGUAAAGAAAUCCCUGGACAUAGUGGAGAAAUUGGAGCCUAUAUUGCUAAGAUUCUUCCUGGUGGAAGUGCGGAACACACGGGGAAACUUGUAGAAGGGAUGCAAGUGUUGGAAUGGAAUGGGAUCCCUUUAACUUCUAAAACAUAUGAAGAAGUACAGAGCAUCAUUAACCAGCAAAGUGGGGAAGCAGAAAUAUGUGUAAGACUGGACCUCAAUAUGUUGUCAGAUUCUGAAAAUCCCCAGCACCUGGAACUUCAUGAGCCACCGAAAGCUGUGGAUAAGGCAAAAUCCCCAGGGGUUGAUCCCAAGCAGUUGGCGGCCGAGCUGCAGAAGGUCUCACUCCAGCAGUCACCACUGGUCAUGUCGUCAGUCGUGGAGAAAGGAUCUCAUGCUCACUCAGGUCCCACAUCAGCAGGAUCCAGUUCUGUUCCCAGCCCUGGGCAGCCAGGAUCACCCUCUGUGAGCAAAAAGAAGCAUGGCAGCAGCAAGCCGACUGAUGCAGCAAAGGUUGCCUCUCAUCCAAUUACAGGAGAAAUUCAGCUUCAAAUCAACUAUGAUCUUGGAAAUCUUAUAAUACAUAUUCUUCAAGCAAGAAAUCUUGUCCCUAGAGACAACAAUGGCUACUCUGACCCUUUUGUUAAGGUGUACCUACUUCCGGGGCGAGGUCAAGUCAUGGUUGUCCAGAAUGCAAGUGCUGAGCACAAGAGAAGAACUAAAUAUGUCCAGAAAAGUCUUAAUCCUGAAUGGAAUCAGACAGUAAUUUAUAAAAGUAUUUCCAUGGAGCAGCUCAUGAAGAAGACAUUGGAGGUGACAGUUUGGGAUUAUGAUAGAUUCUCUUCCAACGACUUCCUUGGAGAGGUAUUGAUUGAUCUAUCUAGCACAUCUUACCUGGACAACACUCCUCGGUGGUACCCGCUGAAAGAACAGACCGAGAGCAUUGACCAUGGCAAGUCUCACUCCAGUCAAAACAGCCAGCAGUCCCCAAAGCCCUCUGUCAUCAAAAGCAGAAGCCAUGGCAUCUUCCCUGACCCAUCCAAGGACAUGCAAGUUCCCACCAUUGAGAAAUCCCACAGUAGUCCUGGUAGCUCAAAAUCAUCAUCAGAAGGCCAUCUUCGAUCUCAUGGACCAUCACGCAGUCAAAGCAAAACCAGUGUCACUCAAACCCACCUGGAAGAUGCAGGGGCUGCCAUAGCUGCGGCCGAAGCCGCCGUGCAACAACUCCGCAUUCAACCAACCAAUGGCAACCAAGACCAAAGCCAGCUAGCCCUCAGGAAGGUGAUGUCCGAUGGACCAGUCAAACCAGAAGGAGCAAAGCCCGCCAAUCACCGGCCUGCAGAGAGCUCCGUGUCCACCGGCUCCUCGGGCAGCAGCGUUGGCAGUGGGUAUAGCGUGGACAGUGAAGGAAGCAGCAGCGUGGCAGGGGAGACUAAUCUACUUCCCAUUCCAAGGAUAGGGAAGAUGGGACAGAAUGGACAUGACGCUGUGAAACAGCCAGGAAUGGGAGCGACAGACACAGAAGCAAAAACUCAAGUAAUGGGAGAAAUCAAGCUAGCACUGAAAAAAGAAAUGAAAACAGAUGGUGAACAAGUGAUAGUUGAAAUUCUCCAGUGCAGAAAUAUCACCUACAAAUUUAAGUCUCCGGAUCAUUUACCAGAUUUAUAUGUGAAAGUAUAUGUGAUAAACAUCUCUACUCAAAAAAAGGUUAUCAAGAAGAAAACAAGGGUAUGCAGACAUGAUCGAGAGCCUUCCUUCAACGAGACUUUUAGAUUCAGUCUUAGUCCUGCAGGCCAUUCUCUUCAGAUUUUACUUUUCUCCAAUGGAGGGAAGUUUAUGAAGAAGACUUUGAUUGGAGAAGCCUGUAUCUGGCUUGACAAAGUAGACCUGAGAAAAAGACUAGUCAACUGGCACAAACUUUUGGUCAGUCCUACUCAAACACAUUGAAGAUGUGUCUGCUCAGGGUGAGGAAACAGAGCUUCGGAGCCUCAGAUCGAGACUGUAGCUGAACAGUCCUGUGCUGAGCUACAUUUCAGGAGCCAGCAUGGGAUAGGAAACAAGAAGCAAAGAGACCACAUUGGUGUGGAAUACAAAAUGACUCAAAAAGUUCACGUAUCGAAAGCAAAGCGAUGAAAAUCGGCCCGAGACACUGGAUUACUCAAAGCUGUGAAGAGAAACUAUGAAAGGAGAUUUGACUUUUUAAGGUAGAAGUCUUGGAGCAGACUGAGCUAGAGCAGAUGGAAAAGGCACAAAGAUUUUUAUGGUGGUCGAGGCAGAGUGAAAGCAGUUGUUUAUACACAUAGAAAAUUUGUUGGAAAGGACAGGUAGAGUGAAUCUUGGUUUGAAAAGCUAAAAACUCCUUGUCUUAUAUUCUCGUAAAACUUUCUGCUUUGGGAUUCUGACGUAAGAUUCAUCUAUGAGUUUUCUACAGGACCAGAAAGUGACUGUGUUUGUGAGAAAAAGUAAGCAAGAGUUAUGAACAAUGGAUUUUAGAUUGAACUGUGCAUGUUUUCCCUGUGUCUACAUUAGAAAGCUAUACAGCAGUAGGUCUGAAUUCUAUGUGGUAAAAGCACAUCUGUUUUUGGGUAAUUGAAAACAGUGAAGAGUGGAGAUAAUAGUAGGUAAAAAUUCAAUUGUAUUCAUCUAGAAAUAAAACAAAACUAGUGACUGGAUAUUAAAGAAGAAUGCUGACCCACAAAAUACGUACCUUGGUUGAAAACAUUAAAAUCUCUAUAAUGCACCAUGAAGUCAAGGCAUUCUCAACCGUACACAUCAAGGCAUCUAGAUUAAUUGGUGUGUCCUAUGAAGAGGGUUGUUUAUUCAUUGAAGAACUGCCAUGACGUGCAUCAUUCUACAUAUUUCCUUUCUCUUGGAUAAUGGAUUGUCAGAGACGUGAAAUUAUUGUUCCGGCAAACAAACCAUAUUUAUCUUAGGACACUGAUUAAACUGUUGUCACUUUCUGAUUUUCUGUGGUUUUUCUCUAAACUCAGUGAUGAUAUAAUGAACACCCUGACCUCAACCUCAAGUCUUUACUCCUCCUCUACUUUCUUGUUGAUGAUAAUAUCAUCAUUAGAAAGCUAAUGUUGGAGUUGGAAAAGCCAAUGUUUGAAAUUAAAUUAUAUUUGAUCUAUGUUAAUAAUAUAGACCCAAACAACCAAUGUGUGAAUCAUUAAAAUAAAGCAUUCUCUCCUUGUCAAUCACCAGUGUCAAUAAAGAAAGCAACACAGAAUUGUGGGAAAUGCACUCAGUGGGCUCUGAAGUCUUGGCUUCUGGUCCUGAUUUUGCUACUGACCUUGCACACAUAUCACUGCAAAAAUGCAGAUUAAAUUCACUUUGCCCCUAAAUAAUAAUGUUUUCUUAUCCUUCUUCACAGGAUACCAGGAUGCUUAAAUAAAGAGAUCUAUGAAAUAAGAAAGCACAUUUCCAAAUAUUGCUUUAUAUACAAACUGAGAAAUAAUUAUUGCAUAGCUUUUUAAUUCUCAAAUUUUAUAUGUGAGAAACAACUUCCAACCAAUGAUAAGCAUCAGCAUGGAUAAAAACAGUAAAUUGUUCCCAAACUAAUUUUUAUUAAAAUAUAAACUUCCGUUUAACCUGAAAAAGAUAGAACAUUAAAUGUAAGUUAUUUGUCAUACAAAGUUUAUUGACGUCCAUAGCUCUCACCCUAUUGUCACACUCUACCCAAAAUGAACCAAAUUGCUUUGCAGAGUAUUUGAGCCUAAAAAUUGUUACUUUAUUUAAUGUGAGGUUUUUUGGGAUUACAGGAAGUCAUCUCAAAAAUAUUGGUUGGAUAUUGAAUUUUCUCAUUUUUAGGAAAAAAAAAACAUUACAUUUGAAAGUAAUGUAAAACCCUAGAAGUAAAAAAAUUCUAGUAUAUGCCAAAUUGUAUAACUAACACUCAUUUAAAAAAUGCAAGUUCUCUUUUCUUUGUCCUAAAACACCAACUCUCUCUUCCUCUAUUCUCUUCUCCCCUCAAUGCAGUACCAUUUAUGACUGGUAGUCUUUUAAAGUGAACAUGGAGAUGGGAAUUUUCAAACACAGGACACUGCUAACAUUUUAUUUUUAGAGACUGCUACAUCUGUGGUGGUUGCCAUGGAUAUUUCCAGCAGACACUCCACUUGAGGAAGCCUAUAAUCAGUCACAACUGGGGAGGAAAGGGGUCUAAGAGGAUUUUUGUGACAUCAAAGGAUCUGCCAUUUGCUCUUCACAGGCGAUUCUGGUUAUCUCCUACCUGGGCCUACAGUCGCUGGUACUCCAAGCAUUUGUGAAAGGUUAUGUAGCCAGGUAGCUUCCUCCAUUCUAGUUACAACUUGCAGGGCCAGAGGGACCAGCAGAGCAAGGUCGUCAGGAGUAGUUAUGAAGCCUGAAACAAUGGGAGCCUUUCUGAUGCAGCUGCGCCUCCGUUCCAAGGAACUAGCAAUAGGGCUAGACCCAUCAGAUCCAUCGAGAGGGUCAAGGACAGAGCUUCUCCUCAUGCACCAGCAUUCCCCUUGCAAAAGAAAAAGAACCUGCCAGUGCGCCAGGUUCGCAGCUGACCAAGCUCCUAGGUUGCUACAGGAAUUGCUCUAUGCAACACCAAUUCUUAACCGAAUGCACUCCUGAGGGACGCUGACUGCCCUUCUCACAGCGAAACUAUUUCUUUUUUAAUUGCAAAUAGGGCUCUUAGUGUUUUUUUACUUUUUUGUAAAUAACACAUGGUUUUCCAUUUUUUAUUUUAUGUUAUGUUAUUAGAAUUAGCUUUUCUAUCUUAACAGUAACAAAGUUUAUAAUCUCUAAUCACUAGGUUAUUAAUCUUCUUGCAGCACCUCGAGAAGCAUUUUGUUUUCCAUACUAGUCCAUUGAGUCGUCAAAAAUGGAAGUUGCUUGUUGGUUUAAAAAUUAGUAGUAAGGAAUCUUGCAACUGGAGAAGAAAAAGCACAGAGUGAAUUUUUAUGAAAGACGGGGAAUUGUAGAAUCAUUGUACAGAUGCAGAUAACACUAGUAGCAAGAAGUUGGUGUUUUCUCUGAUUUUACCUAAUAUCAAGAAAAAUUGUGGUGACUCUGAACUCAUCUGAUUACCAUGUCUGUUUAAAAGAGCGAUGCUCAACAUUAAGAGGUAAUUGCCCUUGACCCUUAAUAUUGUCCAUAUUUUAGUAAUUCAUGAUAGUUAACUAUACAUUGUCUGCAUAUCUAGGAGGUUGAUUGGGGGAAUCGCACACACACUCGAAUAAUUGUAUCCUGGGAAUAUUAUAGCUGGUAACCAGCUGACACUGAUUCUCAUUAUAGAGUGGUUGUUUGGUGUUGGUGAUAGCCGUAGUGACAAUAGUGGUGGCAGUGAUGUGGAGUAAAAUAGAUUAUUUAUUACUAUAUUGUGCCCAAUUUGUUAGAAAUGAUUUAAUCAAUGCUUCAUUUCAUUAAAAUACCAUAAAGAUGUUUAUAGUAUUUUUUUACUUUAUUAUUUAAAUCAUAACUAACAAUAUUUUUAAAAACUUAUUUUAAUUGCUAUAAUGUCAAAUAGUCCAAAAUUAGCCAAAUACAGCUACAUGUGUUUAUAAAUAUAUGUAUGACAGAAGAGACUUUUCCUCCCUUUGAGUUUGAAAUAAAAGUGAAAGCUUGAUAAAUAAUCGGGAGCUUUUCCCUUAAUAGUUAUUUGCCUUUAGUAUAACACAAGAAUGAAUGAGUGAAACUUAUAUUCUCAUUGAAUAUGACAUAUUGAUGUUUUCUGUAUGUCUCAUGUGGCUACUAUUAAAGAUGCACAUUAAACAGAAAUCAUUAAUCAAGUUCUUUAUCUGCUAGGUAGACUGAGAGCAUUUUCUGAAUCCAUUCCCCUGUAUAUAACUAAACGUUCGGUAACACAGCAGCUGUUGAACUAACUUCAUCCUUUGGAAGUCAGCAUGUGACUGAUUCUCAUUCGACUGUGUCUGUGUCUGUGUUCAGUGAUGUGCUCAGGUGCUCCCAUACUGAUUAAUGUGUGUGCUAAUAUCUUAACAACACAUCUGUUUAAAAAAAGGUGUUUCUUGUCUAAGAAAAGUUUAAAACCUAAUAAAAUUAAUUUCCAAUAACACAUGAAGUACUUGGAGAAGUGUCUCGUUUCUCUGACCAUAUCUUGCAUGCUUUCUUGGUGAUUUGCUAAUCUUUUUAUUAUUUUUUUGUUUACUUAACACUCUGAAAAAUUUAAUGAACAAAUGCAAAUUCCUGGGCUAUUGAUUGUGUAAACUGACCUGAAAAUAUGAGAAUUGUGUAGAACAAAUGCUUGUAAAUCUGUCUUGAGUUUUACUCUCUGUAAAAACUUGUCUUGGUUUUGUGACUAUACACAAGUUGUAUCUUGGUAACUUAUGAAAACUGUGCUGUAUAAAGGCUGUUAUAUCAGCCUUCUUAAUAAAUAUUGAAAAUAUCAA